AUGCAUACCGCUGAAUUUCUUGAUAUAGAAGAGACAAGCAUUUCGUCCGUGUUGGCAGGUGGAUAUAACCAUUCUUUGCUGAGAGAAUGGCAAAAUGAACGUCAACUCACCAAAAACAUGCUCAUAUUUCCGUUGUUUAUUUCGGAUGACCCAGAAGAAUGCUCAGAUGUGCCCUCUUUGCCCAACAUCAAGCGAUUUGGUGUUAACAGGCUGUGCUCUUAUUUGAAACCGUUGGUUGCAAAGGGAUUGAGAUCGGUGAUUCUAUUCGGAGUCCCCAUGAGGGCUGGCUGUAAAGACCCAGUUGGAACCUCAGCAGACGAUCCAGAAGGACCCGUGAUCCAGGGUAUCAAGCUGUUGAGGAAGAAUUUUCCGGAGCUUUACAUCAUCUGCGAUGUGUGUCUGUGUGAGUACACUUCGCACGGACAUUGUGGGGUUUUAUACGAUGAUGGAUCCAUUAAUCGUGAGGCCAGUGUGGCAAGAAUCUCAGCUGUCGCCGUUAACUACGCCAAAGCCGGAGCUCACUCGGUUGCACCCAGUGACAUGAUCGAUGGCAGAAUUAAAGAUAUCAAGAGAGGCUUAAUCAAAGCAGGUUUGGCUCACAAGACCUUUGUUCUGUCGUAUGCUGCAAAAUUUAGUGGUAAUCUCUAUGGGCCUUUCAGAGAUGCGGCGUGCUCCUCCCCAUCCCACGGUGACCGUAAAAACUACCAAUUACCGUCUGGUGGCAGGGGAUUGGCUCGCAGAGCGUUGAAAAGAGAUGUCAACGAAGGUGCCGACGGUAUCAUUGUCAAACCGUCUACGUUUUACCUUGAUAUUAUGUGCGAUGCGAGCGAAAUUUGCAAGGAUUUACCAGUGUGUGCUUACCACGUAUCUGGUGAAUAUGCCAUGCUACACGCUGCUGCAGAGAAGGGUAUCGUUGACUUGAAAACAAUCGCAUUCGAGUCUCACCAAGGUUUCCUCAGAGCCGGCGCAAGGCUCAUAAUUACCUAUCUCGCCCCCGAGUUCUUAGAAUGGCUGAACGAAUAG